GUUAGCAUAUCCUUUUAAAACAAAGAUGUUAAGAAUUUUGAAGGUCAAACUAUUAUUUAUCAACCGGGGCUAAUGAAAACAAAUUUAAAAGCAGAAAAAGUUUUUAAACUCAACAUUAUGUCUUUAACGUAUACUUGUAUGUUUUCUUUAAAGUUAAGAUUUUAAAUUUUGCAAAUUGCAUUUCCCAAAUCUGGCUCUACCAAUUAUUUCUAUUUUGAAACAGUGAACUGUCUGCUAUUAUGUUGAAUUUUCCUUAAGACUUAGAAUUUUUCAUGGAUAAUGAAUAUGGAUCUUACGUCAAAUAUUCAAAGAAUUAUUUUUAAACUUUUGUUUGCAGUUUCAGCUUGUAGUGUCUUAUUAUGGUUUUCAUUGUUUUCUUAUGGACUUCUGUAUUAUUUAUAUAUACCGGCAAUCGCUCAUGUAAAACCAGUCCAUUUGUUUUAUGACAUCAAGUGUACAAAAGGUCAGCAUUGCCAGAAUCCUUAUGCAAAUGUUUCGUUGACUCAGAAUAAUGAUUAUGAACUUUUAACACGAGGCCAAGCUUAUGCUAUUGAAUUGGUGUUAGAUAUGCCGGAAUCUGAAAGAAAUCUACAGCAAGGUAUGUUUAUGAUUAGGCUUGAUAUGCUUUCAGAAACUGGACAAGUGUUGCAAUCAUCUAGGAGACCUGCUAUAUUGCGAUAUAGGUCAGCUUUAUUUAAAGUUAUCUACACAUUAUUUUACAUGCCAGCUCUGCUGCUUGGUUCAACUGAAGAAAAACAAACACUGCACAUUCCCCUCUUUGAACAAUUUGUUGAAUACAAUCCUACUUAUUAUAUUUACAUUGAAAUUGAAGCUGAAGUAGCUGAAGUUUAUUCAAGUGCUCUCAAAAUCCAUGCUCAGUUUACUGGUUUAAGAUAUAUGAUGUAUUACUGGCCAGUUUUGUCACUAGUGAUUGGUGUUGGAUCUAAUUUCUUUUUUGUGACUACUGUUGCAGUAUUUAUAUGGAUACGUCAUGAAAUGAAUGGCUCAGAAACUAAUGGAAUACAACAAAUCCAUGCAAGUGAGCGAGAAUCUGUUGAAGAAAUUCGAAGAGCCAUGCGACAGAAGAAAAUGGAAACUGAAAAAUCUUCAGGUGGAGGUAUUGAAAGGACAGAUCCCUCAACUGUGCCAGCUGAAGUCUUAACAUUAUCUCCUCACAGAAGUGAGUCUAGUUCUAGCUAUGAAAGUCAAGAACCUUCUUCAGUAGCUGAAAAAUCUUCGUCAAGUGAUAUUGGAAUUAGACAAAGAUUAGCUACAACAGAAUAGUUGUUAAAAAAUUAGGAAUCUUUAUUAUUUAUAACAGUUAUUACAUAAUUUCUUUUGUAUGGUAAUAAUGAAACUUACUUAAAUUUUCAAUAAUGAUAAAUAGUGAACUCUUUUUUCCUAAACCAAUGAUAAGUCUCUACCAUUGAAAAAGAGGUUUGAUACUUCAAUCUCGAUAUUAAUUUUAUAAAUGAGAUGAAACUAUGACCUUUGAUUGCCACUAAGGUUUAGUAAAUAUCAAGGAAGAUCAAUUAAUUGAAUGAAUAGAUAGUUUUUUAGUUUAUAAUUUCUCAUACCAUCUUGAGAAAACAAGAUGAUGAUAUGAGACCAUUCUCGUGACAUCUUUUUCACAUAGAAUGUGAUAAACUAUGUGAAGAAAGAAAAAUUAUACAUAUUUACUUAAUAUAUAGUUUAUAAUUGCUAUAAUACAAGAUACCACUCAGGGAAAUAAAAAGUGAUAAUAAAAGAAACGAGACAAGUGAUUCAUUAUAAUUGAAGGCCUGAGAUUAUACAGUGACAAGCCACACUUUUUCUAAUAAAGUCGUUUUCAUUUUGAACUGUUCCAUAGUAUUGUAUCCAGAAAUUACUCUUGAUAACAGCUUAAUAAAUAGAAAUAUUCUAUGAAAAAAUUUCCAAAAAUGCUUUCCUGAACAAUUUGAAAGUAUAAUGACAUUGGCCAUGACCUUAAGUUUUGAAGGAAAAAGGCGAGUUUGUCAUUUUUUUUAUCUGUAAAAUUUCUGCAUUAUAUGUUAUCUAAAUAUGAAGCUGCUCUACAAAUUUGACCUUUAUUAGAAACGUGUACAAAAUUUAUAUUUUAUACAGAAUUUGAAAUAAAAAUUUUAUAUAAAUAAAAAAUUUAUAUAGAAAAAAAAAUACUUUUGGUCUCCAGGAGGCUAUAAUAUGUACAUUCAACAUACUGAAUUCAGGAUUUAAAAAAAUUACUCUGAUAAGAUUUGAUUUUUAGGAUCUUGUAGAUUCAACGUAUUGAACUUCAGGUUACAGAAAAAGAUUCAACAUAGUCUAUAUUUUUGACCAGCAUUGUAAAUUUGCUUAUUCGUAAAAAAAUAAGCUAAAUUUUCAUAUUAAAUUUUCAACAUUAUUUUAAUAAAGUUUUAAAUGUACAUUUUUUAUAGUGAAAUAUUGUAAAAAGUAACAUAAUUUCGAAUUUUUCUACAGUAUAAUUUUUUAAUCAUCUGAAACAUGAUACUUAGAUGGUGUAUAUAAUAAUAUAUGAGCAUGCUUGAUAAAUGUAUACUUGUAUUUAUAAAUAUAAUAAAAAUAUUUUUUUACUGCUCAAAAAUAUGUAUAUAUGUGCAACAUUUCCUUGAAAAUGAGAGAAAUUAAUAUGAAAUUCAUUAUUUUUGAAAUGCAUUGGUGUUAUAUAUUAGUUCAAAUUAUUUUUUAAAAGUUCGGUUUAUAAUGAUUAUUAUUAAAUGAUUUAUUAUACUGUUUGAAUCUCUUAAGUAUUUUUUCUUUAAUAAUCCUGUAAGUUUUUGAAAUGUUUUGUUAUUUGAAAAUAUUAUAGUUUUUUGUCCUACAAAAAAAUACCUAUCUUGCUGAAUAGCUUUAAAUAUUUUGGGUAAUCAAAACAUAUAAUGUGCACCAUUUACUCUAACCAGUUACUAACUUGCUACUAAAUUGACAAACAAAAUUUUGUAAUAAAUUUUGGGUUUUUACCGGUUAAUAUAUUUUGCCUUUAUGAAA